AUGGAGUGGACAGCAAGCCGCGUUGAGAGAGUUCUAGAUGGUAUAGCGGAGCUGCACAAAGUUAGCAAGGUUGAACAUAUAGACCAGUUGCAGAGGGAUAAUGAACGGCUUAACAAAGAGCUUGCUGAGAUGCAUAAGAGGCACAAGGUGGCCCUGAAGGACCUCAAUGAAAAAGGGACAAGAAUGGAACAACUUAUGCGGCAACUUUUGAAUGAGAGAAACAGUUUAGCCGAAGAGCUGGCAUUGAUGCGAGAGGAGAAGAGAGACCAAAAUAAGGUACCUGGUUUGGCGGCUAACUUUGCGGCAGAGAUUGAGAGAAAAGAUGCAGGUGCUCAAGUUGGUGCAUCUGGCAAAUGCACACUCACCAGUGAACGUGCGACGCAAACACUCAGAGACUUUGGUGAUGCAAACGUUAAUGUAGUUUCUUUUGAGGGCCGAAUGGCUACAUAUGAAAAGACGACGCAAACUCUCAACGAGUUGGAGCUGGAGCUGACCGCGUGUCCACCUUCAAGCUUCAGAACAAUCGGGCAUAUGUCGACCUCGCGAGGCGUCGAAGCCACUCCGGUAUCUUAUUCAUACGGACUUCUGACCCCUACCUCCAUUCACUACACUAAAGGUGCCGAAAGGCUUGCUCUCGCGAUAUGUGCUAGUGGACGAUGGAUUGAGAAUGUGAAGUUGGAUGUUCGUUUCUCUGAUUGUGCAUUUGUAGGUGUCAAUGUGGAGGGAUGGUGGCAGUGGCGGAGGCAACUGCCAAAACAACUUAGCACGGUCUUGAACCAUAUUAGAGCUUACGGCAGUGAUGAAAAUCCUCUUUGGUGGUGUACGGCGCUGGCUUCUGCGCUAAUGGAACUGGAUACAUAUAAUUCAAUGACCAUAGGAGACCUUAUUUCAGCUAGCUGUGGAUGUAGCGUAGGGUCGUAUGUGGCACUUACUCCAUUUUCUUUCCCUUUUAUGACGGAGCGUUUGAAGUCCAGCUCAAGGUGUGGUCUUCUUUUGAAACGGGGGAAUACAAGCCCUAGUGAAGAUGCUGUGCUGGUGGUUGGGGCUUCUGUUCACAAAAAUAAUGAGGUGUUUUAUGUCGUCAGUGCUGGUGGUGACGGAAAAACAUAUGAAGGAUCUGUCAGAGGGAGUACUUACUGCACACUGGUUGGAGAGUGGCUGUCAAGCCAACAGCUCCUCGAUCAAUUCGUCGCUUUUCAAGCAGUGGAGUAUUUUUCGCUUGAAAACGGUUCAGAGAUUCGCUGGAUAGAUGCUGUGAAGGGUCACUUCACGACCGUGGCAGUCACGCUACCGAAUGAGGUUUCAGUUGUGGAAAAAAAUUUCCAUGCAAUGCUCUUUGAUGUUGCUACAUCAUCAUGGUGCCCAAUUGAGAUGAGGUCACACGAGGGCAAUGCGUUUGUGUUUUACAGUCCUCUUUUGGAACAGUCUCCCUUCGUCGUCAUGGUGUUGAAUGUUAAUGUGGGUGCCGUGCGCCAUAUAAACUUUCUACAGAUGGUGCCAGAUGAGGUGCUGUCUUCACUCAUGGAAAAACGGGUGAUUUUGCAAGUGGAUGGACAGGAAGUGUGUACAUGUAGCCUUACCCUGAAUAUGGCGUUAGAACAGGAGAUGGCGGUGAAGGAGAAGAAGUUACACUGUCUCUCGCCUCGCUGGGAUAUGGAUGCCGCGAUUAUUGCUGAGCAUUGUCAGGAUGCGGUCGCUGUGAUCCUUGAUCACUGGAAGGAGUGUAACAACGUUUUGAUGGAAAUGUUACCGUCUCUAGCGAGCUCUACUUUGGAGAUCGGUAUGCUGCUGUCGGUUGCCCACUCUAAUAUUAUGGCUCGAUUCAACCUUAUGAUGGAUUAUGUCGACAGUAUUGCGCAGCUUUUGAUCUCUUCAUGGUCAUUGGUGCUUCAAAGAUUAACUGAGGCUGGUGGGGGCGUUCCUCCAUGUUUUUCACCAAUGCUGCAUAGCACGAUUGCACGACAGAAUGCAGAACUCUGCUGUAUGAAGUCUCGGAACACCUAUAUGAGUGCGUCACUAUGUCACGCUGCUGAGGAGCUGUGUGAGACAAGAGCGAAAUUGGCUUCAGCUUUGACUUCAAGUAAAAUUCUUCAGGCAGAUUUGGCGCAGUGCGCAACAGCCUUCAAUGUGCUGCGACGGGAGUCUGCUGCCAAAGAUACAAAAUUGGCUGAGGCAAAAAUAUACUGCUGCGCUGUAGAUGGGCAUCUACGUAAUUCUACAGAGGUUUUGCUGGAGUUACGCGCGUCCUUUGCACAAAUGCAAAAUGAUCAACGUGCCGAGUUGUUGGAGAAAGCACUACUACUCCGUGCGACACGGGAGGAAUUGGAGGUCCUGAGGCACUGGGGAGGGAACCCUCCUUCUUAG